GCGUGUGCGUGUGUGGUCAGCUGACAGACAGCCUGUCACAGCACCGUGGUUCCCUCCCUGACACACACUGGCAGCCCCUUAGCCCGUGCUCCUCCGUCGGACCGGGGUGGGUUAUGUUUCCCGGCGCCAAAACCGGAGACGGAGGUUUUCGCACCACCAACCUAUGGCGGCCGAAAUUCAGCCCCAGCCACAGGAUCGGAAGCCAUGUCUGGUGAGCAAAAUUGAGGCUUUCCAAGAUGUUGUGAGCACGGCGGUCAUCAUCCCUAAGGAAGACGGCGUUAUCAGCGUGUCUGAGGACAGAACAAUCCGGGUAUGGCUGAAGAGAGACAGUGGUCAGUACUGGCCCAGUGUCUACCACACAAUGCCCUCAUCGUGUACCUGCAUGUCCUUUAAUCCAGAAACCAGGAGGCUGUCCUGUGGGAUGGACACUGGGACUGUCUGUGAGUUCGUCUUGUCAGAAGACUACAACAAGAUGACCCCGGCUAACACCUACACCGCCCACCAGGGCAGAGUGACAGUGGUGCUAUUUGUGUUGGAGAUGGAGUGGCUUCUGAGCACCGGACAGGACAAGAGCUUCACCUGGCACUGUUCAGAGAGCGGCCAGCAGCUGGGGAUGCAUCGUACCGCCGCCUGGGUCACCGGACUACAGUUUGACGUAGAGACCAGACAUGCAUUUGUGGGGGAUCAGUCUGGUCAGGUGACCAUCCUGAAGCUGGAGCAGGACAGCUGCAGCCUCGUCACCACCUUCAAGGGACACACUGGUAACGUUACAGCACUGUGUUGGGACCCGGUCCAGCGGGUGCUGUUCUCUGGGAGCUCAGACCACUCCAUCAUCAUGUGGGACAUUGGAGGGCGUAAAGGCACCGCCAUCGAGCUGCAAGGACACAACGACAAGGUCCAGGGCUUGUGCUAUGCCUCACACACCCGUCAGCUCAUCUCCUGCAGCUCGGACGGAGGAAUUGUCAUCUGGAACAUGGACGUGGCCCGGCAAGAGACACCAGAGUGGUUGGAUAGUGACUCCUGUCAGAAAUGUGAGCAGCCUUUCUUCUGGAACUUCAAACAGAUGUGGGACAGUAAGAAAAUUGGCUUGAGACAGCACCACUGUAGGAAGUGUGGCCAGGCCGUGUGUGGAAAAUGUUCGUCCAAACGUUCCACCAUUCCCCUCAUGGGCUUCGAGUUUGAGGUGCGUGUGUGUGACAGCUGCCACGAGUCCAUCACCGACGAGGAUCGAGCUCCCACGGCCACCUUUCACGACAGCAAGCACAGCAUUGUUUACAUGCACUAUGAGCCCACCACGGGAUGCCUGCUCACCUCUGGGACUGACAAGGUUAUCAAGUUAUGGGACAUGACUCCGGUGGUGUCCUGAGGUGUGUGGAUGCCAAUCUGUCAGUCAACAGGAACGUUCACCAACUGAUGGUCUUUAUCGCCACAGUGGAAAAGGAAGGAACUCCACUGGUGUCAUCUGGAGAAUGUUUAACAGUUAAUGCACGUGAUGAUGCACGUUCACAGUGCAGGCCAGUUAAGCCUGGACCUGGAUCAGACCUCGGUUGUCCCAGUGUUACAGGUGGUUGUGUGUGCGUGUGUGCGUGUGCGUGUGCGUGUGCGUGUGUGUGUGUGUGUGUGUGUGUGUGUGUGUGGUUUGGAGGGCAUCUGUCAGUGUGUGUUUGUAUGCAUGUGUUCAUUGCUGUCGGGUGGAGGUGUUUGACCCGACACAGCUUGUUUACCUGGUUUUGAUGCAUUCCUCAUCCGAUUUCAUACUGGAAAACGUCCACAUCUGAACUCAGACACCAUUACAGUGAAGUCACUCACAAGCUCAAACCCACUCAUGCACGUUUUAGUCGGCUGCUGAUUCUCCACAGUGAGGGAGUUGUCCUGUCAGAAGUUAAUGCCAGUCAUUUCAGUCCAAAGCUGUGAUCACCUACAGCACAGGGGUCAAACAUAAGGUCCGUGGGUCAAAACCAGCCCACCAAAGGGUCCAGUCCAGUCCGUGGGAUGAAUUUGUGAAAUGCAAAAAUUGCAUGUCAAAAUCCUUUUAG